AUGCGGACGCUUUCGUCAUCGUCGGUCUCACGCUUUAUGAGAAGCAGAGGAAGAAGAAGCGCGACGACGACGACGACGACGACGACGAACGCCGUCAUCGAUCAUCCUCCGUCUUUGAAUGCGAGCACUGCUGCUCGAAAUGCACCGUUAUUGGAUUACUUGGUGUACACCUUUCCAUCGCUUCUUUGCGCUUCGCUCGGGUACUGGCAACUCCAACGGAGAGAAGAAAAACUGCUCAAAAUGAACGCGCGAGCGGCGGCGUUGCACCGCGAACCGUUGCAGUCUCUCUCAGAGGUGACGGAAACGACGGAGGAGUUUCGAAGGGUUCGCGUGGAAGGCGAGAUGAUAAAGAAUUCGAUUCGAGUCGGACCGAAAGUGAGAACGUCGGAGGUUUCGAACAACGAGAAAAUAGCCGGGUACGAUUUAAUCACGCCGAUGAGAGAGAAGAGAAACAAAAACGCGAGAAGGAAAGGGGUCUGGCCAUUUGGCGGCGGUGGUGGUUCGAACGACGACGUAAACGACGACGACGUCGUCGCGCUCGUGAAUAGAGGUUUCGCCGAACGCGCGUUUGAGGACGCGAAAGGCGGGAUGUGUUUGAAGACGAUCGGGGUGGUGAGAAAAGGAGAUGUGAAAGGGUAUUUCACGCCGGAAAAUGUGCCGGAGAAGAACGUUUGGCAUUACGUGGACGUGAGAGGGAUUGGGGAGUAUUUGGGAUUAGUCGUAGGCGGGGGGAGUAGUCAUAGCAGUAGUAUCGCAACUCUCGGGAAAGAUGAGAAUUUGAACGAAGAUAAAAAGGAAAAGGGGUUCGUGCCGUACGUUCAAUUAAUCAGGCCGAUUGGCACGACCACGUCGACGUCGUCGCAGCAGCCAAUACCAGUCGCCGAGGAAGAGUUGAUGAAGUUUUCCGUCCUUCCCGAGCAGCACAUGAAUUAUUCCAUGACGUGGUUUUCACUUUCCGCGGUGACGUUAGGGAUGGCCUCGUUCGCGUUGUUGAAGAAGAAGAAAGUCCCAAAGUUGUGA